GGCCCCGCUCCCCCCGUGGCUGGCGCGGAAUGUGGUGAUCCGGCCCGGGGCGGGGAUGACUUCAUGCAGCCGGAGCUCGGCGGCGGGAGCGGAGGCUGCUGCUGGCAGGUGGGGCGCGGGCCGGCGCGAGCUGACCGAGCACUCGGCGGGCGCGGCGGGACUGCGGCCCGUGGCGGUGUGCGCGGGGACCUGCGCUGACUAGGUCCGGGGAAGUUUCCUGACUUUCUGAGAAGCCCUGGUUUCCCCAAAGAAGUGAUUUCUGAUAGAAAUCUGAAGGUCACCUCCAAGAAAAAAGAGAUCUAGUGUAGUCAAUGAAUUAAAGACAAGAAGGUUUCCAAUCAGUCCCUGCUAUGUGGAUAUUUGGUAGCAAUGACUGAUGUGGAAACUACAUAUGCAGAUUUUAUUGCUUCAGGAAGAACAGGUAGAAGAAAUGCAAUACAUGAUAUCCUGGUUUCCUCUGCAAGUGGCAACAGCAAUGAAUUAGCCUUGAAAUUAGCAGGUCUUGAUAUCAACAAGACAGAAGGUGAAGAAGAUGCACAACGAAGUUCUACAGAACAAAGUGGGGAAGCCCAGGGAGAAGCAGCAAAAUCUGAAAGCUAACACCCCACUUUGACCCUCGACCACACCUGAAAAUGUCUCAAAUCUCCAGGAGUAUCUGGAAUGCAUUUGUUUCCAUGAGUGAAAAGAGGAAAAAGAAAAUGGCUGUGCUGCAUUGCAGGAACCUGCUCAUUAUCAUGUUAAAAACGAGGGCAGAGGCUGUGGCUGCAGGCAGACUUUUCCCUACCUCUGUCAUUAGCAAUGGUUGAAAUCAUGUGGCUUGUGUUUGGGCGUCAUUUUUGUAUGGAUCCUUUCACUUGAUCAUAUGACGAAAUGCUUAUAGAGAGUAGCACCGACCUAGAUGAUGAUUCUUCCUGUAGCAUCUGGCCCCUCACAAUGUCAGAGGAUUUAAUUGUGUCUAAUUGCGAAGGGUUGAUUGAACCCCAGAGUUUAAAUAUCUCUGGCUCAAGUGUUCACCCAGUAAAAGAAAGAUCCAGAAAGCACUGUUUUUAGCAUUACGUAUCUGUGUGUUACUGCUGUGUUAUUUACACUGUUUUGUAUUGUACAAUAUAUAUGCUCAGCACUGCCCCCUUCUCUGAUUGCUUAUGAAAAACAAAAUGAUGUACAUUACUGUGAAUUUUUAUACCACUCAUUUUUAAAAGGGCUGUCUUUUUAUUUUAGUUUUCCGUACUGUGGUGGUGUACACAGGAUAGAACACCCUUUUUUAAAACACAGUCUUUCCCCUUGCUUAUUGUAUGUUGAUGAGUUGAUUAAGUCUAACAGAUUCAUGAAGACUCCAUUGCUUUAUUAUAGAGACAUUUGAAAAUAUCCAUUAAUGUGAAUAUCACCUGAAUUCAGUCUGUUUGGUGUCUGCACAGACUGGAAUUCAAUCUGUCAAAUUUGUUUUAUUCUCAAGUGGAGAACUUCUCCCACAUAAUAUAUAUAUAUAUUUUAAUUUAUGGGAAUUUUGGACAAUUGGAAAGGUAGAAAAGAAAAGCCAAGAUCAUACUAAGGACUGGAAAUAUUUUGUUCUAUGGAAUCAAAUUUCUCACAAUGCUGUAUGAUACUAUUUAAAUUUGGAGGACAACUUAUCUUCACUAAGCUGAAUCAGGUGGAGAAAGUAAUCUCCUUGCAAUCAUGUGGACACCAAUCACAAAAGUAAAGCCCUGGUGUUGUGUUUUCAUGUCUUUUUUCAGCCCUCUCAGAUCCAAAUGUUAUUAUGCACUUUUUAAUGUUUGUAAACUUUUACUAAUAAUUAGUGUGAAUUGCAUUCUGAUACAAUAAUGAUUAUCAUUAGAAGCUAACAAAAUUCUCAUUAAUACUGUGUUUGAUGGCCUCUGCUGUGUUUUAACAUCGUGCUUCUUAUAUGGAAAGUUUUUGUGAGCUGUGUAAUCCCUCUGGUCAGUAUUAUGAAAUCAUUUGUCAGUGGUAAUAAAUAAGGAACCAGUAA